AUGGCCAGCCGCAUCAGGCCGUCGCCGCCGCCCCCACCGUGGCCCUGGCACCACCCGUCGUCCCAGCACCUGCCUUCGCCGUCGGCCGCGCCCUCGAAGUGGCCCCCGCCGUGGAGGCCGCCCGUGCACGACGAGGCCGGCCAGUACGCGCUGGGCUUCGAGACCGGCAACGGCAUCAUCGUGGAGGAGCAGGGCGCCCUCAAGCGGAACCUCGACGGCGAGUACAAGGGCGACGUGGUCCUGGUGAAGCGCGGCUCCUACAGCUACCCCGCCCCGGACGGCCGCACGUACCGCAUCGAGUACACCGCCGACGAGAACGGAUUCCGCCCCACUGGCGCCCACCUCCCCGUCGGCCCCGUGCCGGUCGCCGUCGCUGACGUGUGA